ACAGCGUCGCUUUAUCCAAAGGUCCUUGAAGGCAUCACAAUACGCCGGGCUCCAAGCAUGUUAAGAUGGCGGAGCUGCAAAUGCUGCUGGACGAGGAGAUCCCUGCGGGCAGAAAAGCUCUCCUGGACACUUUCCCCAACCUGGAGAGGGUCGCCGAGUACUGCGAGGCCAACUAUGUCCAGGCGUGGGACAAGCACGGAGCCCUGGAGGAGACCAAGAGCUACACCACGCAGUCUGUCGCCAGCGUGGCCUACCUCAUCAACACGCUGGCCAACAACAUGCUACACAUGCUCGACAUUCACACGUGUCAGCUGCGAAGCAUGGAGAACGCCGUCAACCACAUCGCGCAGACGGUGGCCAUCCACAAGGAGAAGGUGGCGAGGCGUGAGAUUGGGGUGCUGACUGCCAAUAAGAACGCAGGCCACGCCCACAAGAUUGUGGCGCCGGCCAAUCCGGAGAAGCUGCUGCGCUACAUCCGCAAGCCCGUCAACUUCGGCGCGCUGGACCACGUCGGGCACGGCGUCAAGUGCUUGUUGAGGAUGAAGGUGAACGGCCAGGAACACGCCAAGGUGGGCAGGUGCGGCCCACCCAGCCCCCCCACUGCAGGACACCGCAGCAUCUUCGGGAAGGGCUCCCCCUACAGGAGCCUGGAGCCCGUGCGGCCUCCGCUGGUCCCCAACCGCUAUUCCUGCAGCCCUGCCACCAAGAGGCGACCUCGCACGGACAGUGGCAGUAGCGGAGGGAGUCACCAGAGCAGCAGCAGCAGCAGAGAGACCAGCGGCAGCGGGACCACCGCCGUGCCCAUCGCCGUGGCAACGCCGUCCCCUCCCGCCGUCUUCCCGGUUUCUCCGAGCGCCGGACCCCAAAGCUCGUCCUCCAGCGCCCCCAACUCUUCUCCGACCUACUCUUUCUCCUCCUCGUCCUCCUCUUCCUCGUCCGUCACCCUAACGCUGCCGCCGCCUCCGCCCUUGCCGCACGCCGCCCCGUCCCCGCCAUCCGAGCCCAAUGAGAAUCCUGGCACCCCCUGCGUCCAUCCUCCACCACCUCCCCCAUCCUCCUACUUGUCCCCCGAGGAAGGUGGGGCGGUACCUCAAUUCUUCAGCAUGAAUCGCCCUCAGCCCCGCCAGCAAACACCGCAAGUGGGCGGCUCCCUGCCCUACCGCCGCCCGCCCUCUGUCACCGGGCAGCCAAUCGUCACACAGAGCCACCAGGUCAACGGCGGGCCCUGCUACAACAACCAAAGCCCGGCUUCUCCGCCGCCGUCCCUCAUCCAGUUCCCCCCUCAGCUCCCUCUCGUGGGCUUCGCGGCUCGCCUCCAAGAAUCAAACGCGCCACCGCCGCCCCUCCGGCCCACCACCGACCAGACCGCGCCCGCUGGGUUUCGGGGAGACUGCGCCCAUCUGGGCGAGGAGGACUCGUCCGUGGUGGAGUAUGACGACCCGUACGCCGAGGAAGACCCUCCCUGGGCCCCCGCAAACUACAUGGAGAAAGUGGUGGCCAUCUACGACUACACGGCCGACAAGGAGGACGAGCUGUCUUUCCAGGAGGGCGCCAUCAUCUACGUGCUGAAGAAGAAUGAGGACGGCUGGUUCGAGGGCGUCAUGAACGACACCACUGGACUCUUCCCCGGGAACUACGUGGAGGCCAUCAUGCACUACGCCGACUGACAGGUUUUGUUUUGUUUUUACCCACAAGCCCUUGCACUCAUGGUGACGCCCAAAGUCGUAUAUAAAGAAACUCUGGACAUUCGCUGUGAACUCACUGCACUGCUCUGUCAUUGGUUAAAUCGCCAUCACAUGGUUUAUGGGCACCAUGUUGUUACCCAGGGUCUCCAUUUCUCCCUCAUAGGCGUACGGUUAGCGGCGGUGGCUUUGUUCGACUUCAAACUAUCAUGUCAUUAAACCGUAGUUUUGGCAGCAUACACAGGAAGUCCGCCAACCUGUUUUCCGGGUUUAAUCACGUGACCUUCCGCAUAGCAGCUUAACCCCUACUGAACGUACUUCCAUGUUGGCUGUGAUAAUGUGUCAAUAAGGUUUAUUCAAACCAAGUAUAGCAGAGGAAAGCAGUAUAAAAAGGCAUGUAUUCAAUAUGUAAUUGCAUAUUGAGUUAUCAUUAUGCAGUAUUAAACACAAUGAAGUUCCUUGAAGUUUUUUUUUUUUUUUUUUUUAAUACUGGUAGGGAUGAGCUAACAGAGUGCAAUCAUGAGGUUUAUUCAUGCUGCUGGGUAACAACAUGGUGCCCAUGCAGAUAGCUGGCCAGAUUUCCUUUAUAUCCGACUUCUGUCACCGCCGAAUCCGAGCCUCAAGAGUGUUGUUGACGGUAUGAAGUGGACCCCGGCGGAAAAUGUCCGCUCUUGAAGUUUACAUGGUGUGUUUGCGUACAUUGCAGUAUUUACAACCCCAAUUCCAAUGAAGUUGGGACGUUGUGUUAAACAUAAAUAAAAACAGAAUACAAUGAUUUGCAAAUCACGUUCGACCUAUAUUUAAUAGAAUACACUACAAAGACAAGAUAUUUAAUGGUCAAACUGAACAACAAACUGUUUUUUUGUUUUUAGCAAAUAAUCAUUAACUUAGAAUUUUAUGGCUGCAACAUGUCCCAAAAAAGUUGGGACGGGGUCAUGUUUACCACUGUGUUACAUCACCUUUUCUUUUAAUAACAUUCAAUAAACGUUUCAAUAAUUCUUUCCCAUUCUUUCUUGACGUACAGCUUCAGCUGUUCAGCAGUCCGGGGUCUCCGUCGUCGUAUUUUACGCUUCAUAAUGCGCCACACAUUUUCAAUAGGAGACAGGUCUGGACUGCAGGCAGGCCAGUCUAGUACCAGCACUCUUUUACUACGAAGCCACGCUGUUGUAACACGUGCAGAAUGUGGUUUGGCAUUGUCUUGCUGAAAUAGGCAGGGGCGUCCAUGAAAAAGACGUUGCUUGGAUGGCAGCAUAUGUUUCUCCAAAACCUGUAUGUACCUUUCAGCGUUAAUGGUGCCUUCGCAGAUGUGUAAGCUACCCAUGCCAUUAGGACUAACGGAUGAUGAGCUCGGGCUCAGAGAAGCCGGCGGCGUUUCUGGCUGUUGUUGAUAAAUGGCUUCUGCUUUGCAUAGUAGAGUUUCAAGUUGCACUUACGGAUGUAGCACCGAACUGCAUUUACUGUAUUUUGUUAUUUUCCUCUUUGGCCCGGGGGACACGAUGUCCACAAUUUCCAAAAACAAUUUGAAAUGUGGACUCGUCGAACCACAGAACACUUUUCCACUUUGCAUCACUUUUUGAUGCAGUGCCGCCUAAGGGAUCGAAGGUCACAGGCAUUCAGUGUUGGUUUUCAGCCUUCCCGCUUACAUGCAGUGAUUUCUACAGAAUCUCUGAACCUUUUGAUGAUGAUAUGUACCGUAGAUGAUGAAAUCCCUAAAUUCCUUGCAAUUGUACGUUGAGGAACAUUGUCCUUAAACUGUUAGACUAUUUUCUCACGCACUUGUUCACAAAGAGAUGUAGCUCACCCCAUCUUUGCUUGUGAAUGACUGUGCAGGUAAGCUCCUUUUAUACCCAAUCAUGGCACCCACCUGUUCCUAAUUAGCCUGUUCACCUGUGGGAUGUUCCAAACAGGUGUUUGAUGAGCAUUCCUCAACUUUCUCAGUCUUUUUUGCCACCUGUCCCAGCUUUUUUGGAACGUGUUGCAGCCAUAAAAUUCCAAGUUAAUGACUAUUUGGGCGGCACGGUGGCCGACUGGUUAGAGCGUCAGCCUCACAGUUCUGAGGUGCGGGGUUCAAUGCCCGUCCCCGCCUGUGUGGAGUUUGCAUGUUCUCCCCGUGCCUGCGUGGGUUUUCUCCGUGCACUCCGGUUUCCUCCCACAUCCCAAAAACAUGCAUUAAUUGGAGACUCUAAAUUGCCCGUAGGCAUGACUGUGAGUGCGAAUGGUUGUUUGUUUCUAUGUGCCCUGCGAUUGGCUGGCAAGCAGUUCAGGGUGUACCACGCCUCCUGCCCGAUGACAUCUGGGAUAGGCUCCAGCAUGCCCGCGACCCUAGUGAGGAGAAGCGGCUCAGAUAAUGGAUGGAUGGAUGAUUAUUUGCUAAAAACAAUCAGGUUUAUCAGUUUGAACAUUAAAUAUCUUGUAUUUGUAGUGUAUUCUAUUAAAUAUAGGUUGAACAUGAUUUGGAAAUCAUUGUAUUCUGUUUUUAUUUACACAACACAACGUCCCAACUUCAUUGGAAUUGGGGUUGUACAUGUAAUAUUUUAUAUUCUUGUUCUGUGCUUUAUUCUCAGCUUUUGGCUGUACUGGCCCUUUAAAUGGUGGAUAAAUGCCGUGUAUGUGCGUUUGAACUGUCAUGAAUGAGGUUGUAUGCACUAAAAAGGAAAAUCAAUAAUAUGCUAACAUCAGGUCUGUUUCAAAUGUUUAAAAUAAGAUAUACACUGGACCCUCGCAAGUUGUUUUAUUUUUAUAUGUAUAUAUAAUAUGGGUGUGUGUGUGUGUAUACCAAAUGUAUUGGAACGGCAAGGUCAAUUCCUUUGUUUUUGUUGUACACUGAAGACAUUUGAGACAAAAGUUCAGAGUUCCAGCGUUCAUUUCAUGGUAUUUACAUCUAGAUGUGUCAAACAACUCAAGACAGAGCACCUUUUGUUUGAAGCCACCCACUUUUCAAGUGAGCAAAAAUAUUGGAACAGACAUUAUUGAAUGGAAUUAAAGUGAAUAACAGUGAAUAUUUGGUGGCAUAACCCUUAUUUGCAAUAACUGCAUCAAGCCAGUGACCCAUUGACUUCACCAGACUGUUGCAUUCUUCAUUUGAAGCCACCCAGGCGUCAGGGUUCCAAUCCCCGCGAAUAAGCUCGGGGUCCACUGUACUGUGAUAUUUUGUGCUAAAGCCUUGUUUUAUGUAUCUUUUGAUAAAAAUGUGUGUUUUCAUAUGUAAUGUGCGUUACAAAUCCUAAUGGAAAAACAAGAUGUCUUCAGUAUCAAGCUAGUUGUCUCAUUUGAGCUUUUUUGUCUUUGAUUUAUGGUUCAUAUUCGUUGUAAUAAAUCAGAAAUGAUCGAUCAGUUAA